AUGGCAGACACCAGUAAUCAUGAUGAGUUGAUCUCUCAAUUUUGCGCAAUCACCAAUGCUUCCCCAUCAGAGGCUCAACAAUUUCUCUCCGCAAAUCAAUGGGACUAUGCAUCAGCUAUGACAGAAUUCUUCACUGCUCAAGAAGAAGGAAAUACAGGAGCCUCAGAACCAGUCGGUAGCAACGAUCAAACCGAAGCUCCAUCACCGUAUACUGGACCCCGAACACUCGAUGGUAGACCUGCUCCGGAUAAUGGCAAGAAACCUGCAAAACCAACUGCCACAGCCGGGAGAGCUGGAGGACGUGGAGGCAUCGCAACUCUUGGGUCUUUAAAUCAAGGAUCUUCGAGCCAUGGGGAUCGUAUGAACGAUGCCGACGACAGUGAUCCAGAUUAUGAGCCAGAUGAACAGCCAAGAGACUUGUUCGCUGGUGGUGAAAAGUCAGGACUAGCUGUCCAAGAUCCCUCUAGGAAACCCGACGCGAGAAAGAUUGUUGGUGAUAUCCUUAAGCAAGCUAAAGCAAAUUCUUCAAGGGAGACUGGAGAGCCAUCUACGCCAGCUGCAGCCGCACCAUCUCGAUUCCGUGGCAGUGGUCAAACUCUCGGCGGCGAUGAUGCUCCUUCUCAAGUAAUUCCCGAUCCUCAUCCUCCUGCAGCUUCUUCUGAGCUUGUGACAAGAAUUCUACACCUUUGGGAGGAUGGUUUCAGUGUUGAAGAUGGGCCACUUCGUCGAUUCGAUGACCCGGCAAACGCGCAAGAUCUUCAGGCAAUACAGAGUGGUCGUGCUCCUCUGCACUUGAUGAAUGUUAGACAUCUCCAACCAGUUGAUGUUCAAUUGCACAAACAUGAUGGACCCUACAAAGCUCCCCCUAAGGUCUACAAGCCUUUUGGUGGCUCAGGUCAGAGACUCGGUAGCCCUACACCGGGCGGCUCCAGCACCCCGCCGGCAUCCGCCCCAGCUCCUGCACCUACUGCCGCCUCGACAGCAACCCCAGAAGUUCAGGUCGAUGAAUCACAACCAACACUCACCCUCAGACUUCAGUUGGCAAAUGGAACUCGUCUUCCAGCUCGAUUCAACACUACGCAAACUGUAGGCGAUGUAUAUGAAUUCAUUGCAAGAGCAAAUGCCGAUAGCAAUGAGCGAGCUUGGGUACUUGCAACCACUUUCCCAAACAAAGAGCAUACCGAGAAGAGUCAGGUCUUGGGUGAGAUGCCAGAAUUUAAGAGAGGCGGUACAGCCGUGCAGAAAUGGGUUUAG